GGGCCGGGCCGGCUGCUGUUGGUGCCGCCGCAGCUGCUGUUACCGCUGCUGCUGCUGCUGCUCGCGGGGCGCCCGACGGGCGGUGAGUGGGGCCGCGGCGGGACACGCGAGUGGGGCCGCCCCGCCCUCGCCCCUCCUCUCGUUGCCAGGGGAGGGGGCCGCUUCGGUGGCGGCGGCGCGCGCGGGGGGCGGUUGUGAGGGGAAGGAGCCGCCUGAGGAGAAAGCGCGGGCUGAGGCAGGGAGGGUUGGAUGAAUGGGCUGCCGCCGCGCCGGGCGCGCUGCCCCGAGCCCCAGUCUACCUGGGAUGCUGCGGCGGCGGGAGCGCGGAGCCGGAGCUCUCCUUGUGGGCGUAUUCCAGCACUGCUGCUGUGCUCGGCGGCUCCCGGCGCGGCUCCCGGCGCGUCGGUAAAGCAGCGUGUCAGAGUGAGCCAUUCUUUCCAGUUCACCGAACCCCGAACUAAAGUCUGUCUGUCUGUAGCGAAUUGUUUUACGAUUUUCCACUCAGCUGAGCUGGAAGCGCCGUGGAGUGCUUGGAAAGGCAGGGCAGCCUGCGGCUCUGCAGUACGCAUGGACCUCAGGUAGCGACGCAGGUAUCUCACCAGCUUACUCGUUGAGACAAACAAAAAAAAGCUUAAAGAGGUGCAAGAAAUGCAGACGCCGUAGCGCUUGUUACGGCAUUGUAAGGACGUUGCUCGAAUCCUGAGCAAAAGGCGGUAGUGGUUGAUUGCCCUGACACAAACGCAUCUACUGACGUUUCAUACAGGGGAGCCAUACCCUGUUCUGUUGGUGGUUUUAUAUCUCACCCGUAUGGUACACGUGUGCCUGGCACAGAAGGUGCAGCCAGGGCAGAACUUUUCAUAUGUUACCUUCGAAAUGUCUGCUGUGACUUUUACCAGUUAAUUCACGGUAUUGCAUAUGGAAAUAAGUGUUUUCUUUUACUGGCAGUAAAGAAAUCAGCGCCUGAAAGCAAAGGCAGCAUGGACAAUAGAUCUUUUCUCUGUGCCCAUUUACAGCAGUCAGGCUUGUAGGCACACACAGGAACUUAUUCUUAUGCUGAAUUAUUAGGAAUCUUGGGCGGGGAAAGCUUGUGACCUUUACAAAAACUGUUCCAAAGUUAUCUUUAGCCAUGUUCAUUCUCAAGAAUGCUGUACAGAGGCAAAUCUUUCUAGCUUACCCAAUACUCUUUAAAAAACAGUUGCAAUAUGUAGAUUCAGUAGUGUCUGAUUGCACAGUGUGGGAGGGAAAGCUAUCAGAUCUGGUAAAACUUUGCGUCUGUACAGUAGCUUAAAAAAAUAUUAGCAGGUUGCUGCCACAUCCCACCCUGUGAGGGAAGGGAGAGAGGGAGGGGUGACCAGAUUUACAACACCCCCCCCCUUCAAUUGGUUUAAGGUGAAAUGACAUUCAAGAUCCAAAUACGGUCAUCAAUCUUACUACAUAAUACAAGUAUCAGCACUUGUACAGUUCUAACUAAGCUUUGUGGCUUAACUACACGACAUUAUAAGAAAUCAAAACAAGCCUUGUGUUACUUAACAACUUUAAGAUUAAAAAAGAAAGGAAAAAGAAGGAGAGAGAGAGAGGAGAGGAGGGAGACAAACAGGGAAAGAGGUCACUGGUUGGGUUUCUGAUGUUGGUGCAGCCAACGGGGAUCCUCAGUCUGUGGGAGUGCUUGUCCAGAAGUCCCAAAGUUCCAAAGUCCCCCUGAGCUCCUCUUGGGCAUCCUUUUAUACCCACUGGAUUUGUGGGGCUUGCCACCAACGGCUCCUCUUGAGCAGGGGAGUUUUGGACAAAGCAAGGCCAUCCUGUCUCCACAGAGCUCCCUGCUCCAACCACGUUUUCAGCUGUUAGCCUGCUGUCAUGGCAAUGGUCUUAUCUCGUGAGUCUUUGGGACAACUCCAGGCAUACCACAGAUAAAGCAUAACUUGGAUGUUCUUGAGAAUCUGACCGCUCUGUUCCCCCCAUGGAAGCUGCUGACAGACAGAUUUCUGCAAAGGCAGUCUUCAAGUGGCAUUACAACCACGACUCUGUAAUUUUAUGUGAAAAUUAUAAUCUUCUGUUAAGUGGUGGGAAAGUCAUUGCAGCACUGUUCACUAAAAUGUGUCUGGCUAGGUUUGGCACAUAGUAUUGCACAGAGCUUUUCAGAUGAAGCUUGAUAAAUCCAGUGUCAAGGCUCAAGACAAUUUAUAUAAAUGAUGAAUUUAUAUAAAUGAUGAACACAGCUGUGUUUAAGGCUGAAGAUACUGCAGGCUCUGCAACCUGCAGUCAAAAUACCUUUUGCUGUGCCACGAGCAUUUUGAGUUUCAGUCUGCACUGUGUUUUGUGCCCAGCUGGUAUGAACUGGCAUGUGCCAGCCAGGACCAGAUGGGAGCACAGCCCGUAGCAGCUGCUGCAUAACUCGUGGCACUAGCAGUUACGAAUUUCAGCAGUGUGGUGCUCAGGUGCUGCUAAGCUCUAAAAUGUCCCUUCCAAAACUGCCUGAUGGGUUUCUAGGGCUGAGGGGGAAGCCUGUGCUGUACCACUGACAGAAGCUCCCAAGGCAGGAGGAGAUCCCAUUCCCUUCAUAUGAGAAUGGCUUUCAGGGAAGCUUCUUCAGUUCAGGGUAAUUGAUUAAGAAUAUUCAAAUCCAUGAUGAAUCUUUCCGUAAUGUGUGUUUUGCAUAUAUGAUUAAGCAGCAUUGGCCAAAAGCCUGGUGACAGCACAGGGCUCUGGAAUGCUUCCCUGUUGCCUGGGUAGUUUAUUCAUGCUAGCUUACUUCCGUGAGCAUAAUCGCUCCUUUUAAAGUCUUCCUGAACUCAGGAGCGUUGCUACUAUUGGGCAACCUGAAAUUAUACACGCCACAGAGAAAAAGGUGGGUAUGUCAUCGCUCAGCCUCUCCUUAUGAGGAAGCGAAGAGAUUUUGCCUCAGCCCUAAUUUCUACAUAAAAGAAGUUGAGAAUUGUCACUAUGUGCCUUCUUCAACAGGGAAGGAGCAUCGUGUUGGACAUGUCAUUAAUGCCAUGGCUUGUUAACAAGCUUCUGGCUUGUUAGUCCUGAAGAGCAAUAGUGCUUGGAGGAAGCUUGCUGACAGCAUGCACACCUCAAUGACAGGUGCUUACACUUGGAAUCGGAAGCCAUGAUCAAAAGGCAUUGCCUUUUUCCUCCAAACACCUCAGCCAUGGUUUAGUCACAGUGAGGAGCCUGGGUGAUGUAACCUAGUUUGUUAACACAACCAGGCAAACAAAAAGGCACCACUUGAUCUUGUUCUCGAGACAGGGCUGCCACUGAAGAGCAGAAGGUUUCUGUGCCGCAGGGCCAUGAGAGUGGAGCUGGUGUUUCCCCAGCGUUGCUCCUUGCCUGGUGUACGUCUUGUUGGGUCCACCUGGGAGGCACUCAGCCGGGAAGGCUUGCGUGGUGGACAGCUGUGUCUCUGAGUUUGUGCAAUGAAAUUCUCUACGUUUUCUGAUGCCCACCCCCAGCAGAAUUCUUUGCUUAAGAGGAGGCAGAUUUCCACCUCCUGAACACGGCUCUGGACUCGCGCUGAUGCUUCUCAGAGCUGACUUUGCGGGCUCCCCCGUGCUGGAGGGAAUUCUAUCCAAGGACUGCCUGUGACAGGACACCGCUGCUGUACCAGUUUGGGAGCAAAAUAUGGAAUGUUCUUCACUGCUGAUUGAGCGCAGGCAAAUGAACAGUAUUUAUAGUAGUGUGAAAAUCGGCAGUUAGCAGUUUCUUCACAUUCUAACAUUACCAGAGAGAACUCAUUGUUUACAAGAAAUCUGCUUUCCAAAUCCGUUACGGUUCCCUCCAGCCUUGACUAUUAACUAUUUGCAAAGGGGAAACUGAUCUACGCUUUGGGGAAAGAUGGCAAUGGAGGAGUACCUGUGGAUGGUCAUUGUGGGUUUUAUCAUUGCUUUUAUUUUAGCAUUUUCAGUGGGUGCAAAUGAUGUUGCCAAUUCUUUUGGAACUGCCGUGGGCUCUGGUGUAGUGACUUUGCGCCAGGCUUGCAUUUUGGCUUCAGUUUUUGAAACUACUGGCUCGGUACUGCUGGGAGCAAAAGUAGGAGAAACGAUUCGGAAAGGUAUAAUCGAUGUUAACCUGUACAACGACACUGUGCCGCUGCUGAUGGCAGGAGAGGUCAGCGCGAUGGUUGGUUCUGCUGUUUGGCAGCUGAUUGCAUCUUUCUUGAAACUCCCAAUAUCGGGGACCCAUUGCAUUGUAGGUGCUACUAUUGGAUUUUCCCUCGUUGCAAUUGGCACACAGGGAGUUCAGUGGAUGCAGCUUGUCAAGAUUGUUGCCUCUUGGUUUAUUUCCCCACUGUUGUCCGGCUUGAUGUCUGGAGUACUUUUUGUGUUGAUUAGAUUCUUCAUUCUAAAGAAGGAAGACCCCGUGCCCAAUGGUCUUCGCGCACUUCCAGUAUUCUAUGCUGCUACCAUUGCUAUUAACGUGUUUUCCAUCAUGUACACGGGGGCACCAGUACUUGGACUGGUACUGCCAAUGUGGGCUAUUGCUCUAAUAUCACUCGGCGUGUCCUUAGUAUUUGCUGUCUUAGUUUGGAUUUUUGUAUGCCCCUGGAUGAAGAGAAAAAUAGAAAGCCGGUUAAAGAAAGAUGCUGCACUGUCAAGGAUAUCAGAUGAAAGUCUUGAUAAAAUUCAAGAUGAAGAAACAUCAGUCUUUAAAGAGCUUCCCGGUGCCAAAGCAUCUGAUGAGAGCUCAGUUCCCCUUACUGGCUCAGUAACAGAAGCUGCUGGGGCAUCAGAUACUAUUGCAAAUGGAAACCAUCCCCGUGUACCUUAUGGAAGGGCCUUUUCUAUGACGCACACCUCCGUGAAAUCUCCUGUCUCUAAUGGCACUUUCAGCUUUGAUGGCCAGGUGAGGAGUGAUGGCCAUGUCUAUCACACUGUGCACAAAGACUCAGGUUUAUACAAAGACUUGCUACACAAAAUGCACCUGGACAGGUCCACUGAUGAGAAGCCUGCUCAAGAAAACAACUACAAACUGUUACGACGCAACAAUAGUUAUACUUGUUAUACAGCUGCUAUCUGUGGCAUGCCUGUGCAUUCCUCAUUUAAGGCAGCAGAUACAUCAACUCCUGAGGACAGUGAGAAGUUAGUAGGAGACACAGUGUCCUACUCUAAGAAACGAGUUCGCUAUGACAGCUACUCCAGCUAUUGCAACGCAGUGGCUGAGGCAGAAAUUGAGGCGGAGGAGGGUGGAGUGGAAAUGAAGUUGGCCUCUGAACUCGCAGAUCCUAACAGGCCCCCAGAAGAUCCUGUGGAAGAGGACAAGGAAGAGAAGGACACGUCUCAGGUCCAUCUGCUUUUCCACUUCCUCCAGAUCUUAACAGCCUGUUUCGGAUCCUUUGCCCACGGAGGGAAUGAUGUCAGUAACGCAAUUGGUCCCCUUGUUGCGCUCUGGCUAAUCUAUGAACAAGGUGCUGUCAUGCAAGAAGCAUCAACUCCUGUCUGGCUGCUGUUUUAUGGAGGGGUUGGGAUCUGUGUGGGUCUCUGGGUCUGGGGCAGAAGAGUUAUCCAGACCAUGGGUAAAGACCUCACUCCAAUCACACCCUCAAGUGGAUUCACUAUUGAGUUGGCUUCGGCGUUCACAGUUGUGGUAGCUUCCAAUGUUGGACUUCCUGUCAGUACUACACACUGCAAGGUGGGCUCUGUGGUGGCCGUCGGCUGGAUCCGCUCCAAGAAAGCUGUUGACUGGCGCCUCUUUCGCAAUAUCUUCCUGGCCUGGUUUGUGACUGUCCCAGUGGCUGGCUUGUUUAGUGCUGGGGUAAUGGCACUGCUGAUGUAUGGUAUCCUGCCUUACGUCUGAAGAGCCGCAAACAGGGGAAGUAGCCAAGCUAGCAUCAAGGAGAGAAGCGUUCCCAUGAAAGGACCGGUCGGAGAGAAUCCAUCUUCCAUAUCUAACUUCUUAUCUACUGUACAUAACAAUGUAUCAUAUUGGUGACAUGGUGAUGUGGUGCCAUUUCUUAUGUAUUAAAUAAAUAUAUAUGCAUAUAGUAGGUAACAAUACCUAAGUUAUAUUAUUAGUGGGGUGAAAAUAAUUGCCUAGAAUUUAAUAUUUAGAAAAAAAAAUUGUACAUAGUGUAUCAUUUUGGUGGCAAUUUUUUAAUCUUUUGAAGAGAAGUAUGGAUUAGGAAAUGUUAUUGUCCAUUUGAUAUAAGAAGCGAGGUACAGGACUGCAUAACACAUGAAUUUUUUUAAAGCUAAUAAGAUACUGGAACAAAAUGUGCAUAAAGUGCUUUUCAUAAGAUAACUGUUCAUAUCAUAUUGAUCUUGGUGUAUCAUAGCAUAAUGGUUAUGGCUUUGUAAAUACUUACAAACAGUAACUCUUAAACGGUGCAUUUCCCUUAUAUAUUUUGGAUAAGAAAGUUUAGGAAGUACCAAAGAAGCAGGGGAAUAGCUUGCCAGUAAUACAUUUUUGUCUACACGUGUGGGUGUGUGUUGUGUUUCCUCACCUCUAAUUUAGCACUAUUUUCACCAAGCUACCAACAGCCAGGCUCUUCCCAUCUUAAUGUAACCGAAAACAAAAGAAAACAAAAAAGCACACAAAAAAGUUUAUUCUACUUGUUCUUGUUGCUUAGUAGGCAGAACACUGUUGUCCACGCUAGCUGGAAGUCCACUGACUUUGUUUUGUGAAGUGUCUCACUGCUUACUUUCCACCUUUCCCUCAAGUCCUGGCCCCGUUGCCCUGCCAUCAGUCCAGUGCCAGCACAGACCAUCAGUCUUCUCUGUCUCUGUCCAGUGAGCCAUGUCUGCCUGCCUUCUGGUACAAGAGUGGGGCUGCCUGGCGUGGCUGCUGGGCCACAAAACCCACUCAAGCCCGACUUUCGUGGCUGGGAGCUUUGGCUGUUGGUGGCUAGUGCUUGGGAUGCAAUUCCUCAUGGCAGCUCAGGGGACUUGAUGCAGGAGGUGGUGAGCUAAAUCCCUGCACAGCUUCGGGAAGCACAUUUGGGUGACGGUUACUGUUUGGUGGGUGGGAGGCAAAGGGCAAGGGGUGUCUGGAAGAGGUUUGGGAAUCUCUUACUGUUUAAAUGCUGCUAAAAUUUUGAUAAACGGUCUUGGUACUCCAUUGUGACUUUUCCAUUGGUCAUUCAUACUAAAUUUAUAAUAAAAGAUAAACAGCCCCGA